AUGUAUUUAUUAAGUUUGUUCCUUUUAUGCGCUGUUGCACACACGUCAGCAUUAACUACACCAAUCUAUCCGACAACGGCUGAUCGCGUGGUGGCAAACAAUUAUCCCGUAGAGUCACAUACCGUACAGACAAUCGAUGGCUACCUUCUUACCAUGUUUCGCAUACCUUACUCGUUGCGCGCACAAAAUGCCAAUGUGCCAAACAAAACUGUGCUGUUUCUACAACAUGGUUUAAUUAGUUCUUCGGACGAUUGGAUUUUGGCUGGUCCAGAUAAGGCUUUGGCCUACUUGGCAGCCGAUGCUGGUUACGAUGUGUGGUUGGGCAACUUUCGUGGUAUUACUUAUUCGAGACGACAUGUUUCGCGGUCGCCAGAGAAGAAGGCGUUUUGGCGUUUCAGCUUUCAUGAGCUGGGUAUUUAUGAUCUGCCGGCUAUGUUUGAAUAUGUGUUGCGCACCACAAUGAAAGAUUCGCUGCACUAUGUUGGUCAUUCGAUGGGCACAACCACAUUUAUGGUACUGAUGUCCUUGAUGCCUUGGUAUAUGGAACGUAUACGCACAGCUCAUUUGUUGGCACCGAUUGUUUAUAUCGAUAACCAACAAUCACCGUUGAUGCGCUUCACUUCGCCCAUUUUGGGCAAACCCAGUCCAAUCUCCAAGGCCUCCCUAAUUCCCGAAAUCGUAAAGACUCAUCCUACAGGCGGCUCCACCAAUCAGGUGUUACAUUAUAUGCAGGAGUACGUGUCCGGUCACUUUAGGCAAUACGAUCAUGGUCUGAAAGGGAAUUUGUUGUACUAUAAACAACCAACGCCACCCGACUAUCCACUGGAGAGUAUACGAGCGAAUCCUCCAUUGCAACUGUACUAUGCGGAUAAUGAUUGGCAAUCAUCGCCAAUCGAUGUUUUUCGCCUGUUGCCGCGCAUGGGUGACAACAUUGAGCUUCGACACAUUAACCUCACAACCUGGAAUCACUUGGACUACUUGUUUGCUUUUAAUGUUAGAGAAGUAAUCAACGAGAGGGUCCUCGGAUAUAUCAAUGGAUUCGAGAGUAAACGGGAAGUAAUGUUGGUGGAAGAAGAAAACAGCGAGGAAGUGACAGAGGGAGCGGUUAAUAUAUCCUAA